GCCGCCGCCACCGUCGUCUUGCCCCGCAGCGGCGCUUGCCGUUUCCCAGCACGCUGAUGGCUUCUCGACGUCGCUGGUGACUGCUGCCUCCCUCCUCCUCCUCCUCCUCCUCCUCCACCAUCACCCUUCCCUCCCUUCUUUUUCCUUCCUUCCUUCCUCCUCUUUCCACGGGCGGCGGAGAUGGGGAACACGACCUCAUGCUGCGUGUCGUCCAGCCCCAAGCUGCGGAGGAAUGCCCAUUCCCGGCUGGAGUCCUACCGCCCCGACACCGAGCUGAGCCGGGAGGACACGGGAUGCAACCUGCAGCACAUCAGCGACAGGGAGAACAUCGACGAUCUGAACAUGGAGUUCAACCCAUCAGAUCAUCCACGGGCCAGCACAAUCUUCCUCAGCAAAUCUCAAACAGACGUGAGAGAAAAGCGGAAGAGUCUCUUUAUAAACCACCAUCCUCCUGGUCAACUGAGAAGGAAAUACAGUUCCUGUUCCACUAUUUUCCUGGAUGACAGCACAGUCACUCAGCCCAACCUCAAGUAUACAAUUAAAAGUGUAGCUCUUGCAAUAUAUUACCACAUCAGAAACAGGGACGCAGAUGGAAGGAUGCUCCUAGAUAUUUUUGAUGAAAACCUCCACCCCCUUACGAAAUCCGAAGUGCCGCCAGAUUAUGACAAACAUGACCCAGAGCAGAAGCAGAUUUACCGCUUUGUGCGGACGCUGUUCAGCGCCGCUCAGCUGACUGCUGAAUGUGCCAUUGUCACCCUGGUAUAUCUUGAAAGACUUUUAACUUAUGCGGAGAUAGAUAUAUGUCCAGCAAACUGGAAGCGAAUUGUGCUGGGUGCAAUUCUACUGGCAUCAAAAGUUUGGGAUGACCAGGCCGUGUGGAAUGUGGACUACUGUCAGAUUCUGAAAGAUAUCACCGUUGAGGACAUGAAUGAGUUAGAACGCCAGUUUCUUGAGUUGUUGCAGUUCAACAUUAAUGUUCCCUCCAGUGUUUAUGCCAAGUAUUAUUUUGAUUUGCGAUCCCUGGCAGAAGCAAACAACCUGAGCUUUCCAUUGGAGCCGCUCAGCAGGGACAGGGCAUAUAAACUUGAGGCCAUCUCCCGCUUGUGUGAAGACAAGUAUAAGGACAUCAGGAAAUCUGCAAAGAAACGGUCAGUCAGUUCGGACAAUCUGACUGUAGUUAGGUGGUCGCCUGCAAUUAUCUCCUAAUGUUUGAAGUCUUGGAUAGUCCUCAAAAGUACUGUUUCUAUCAUCAACUUUGGAAGGGAGGGGGUUGUUAUCCCCCCCUCGUUCUCCCCCCUUCUCCUUAUUCUUGUUUUUAGAUCUGCCUUUACAGUGCCUCCCCCGUUGCGUAGCACACAAGAAUAAAUAUACGGACAGGAGAGAGACGUCAGUACAUCGGGAAGAACUUCAGAAGAAAGCUGGUUCUGUUGUUUCGCUGCAGAUUUGUCCUUUUUAUGUGAGGAAAAGGCAAACUACAUACAUAAUGCUUGGAAAAACAGAAAAGCAAGUGUGUGUGUUAUUAAAAAGAAAAAGAUCUUCAGCAGAGACAACGGCAUGGGAAUUUUAAAAACGCACCACAAGAUCGGCUUGGAAGAAACACUAUGAGAGAGGAUUUUGAAAGUAUUUCACUUUCUCUUCAGUGUUUUCCAUUGGUUUUCUGGGUUUUAUAUUUUUUUUCAUCCCCCCCCCCCUUGCUGUUUGUCUGGGAGUUGCUUCUCCUGUUUCUGCAAAGCAGCAAGUAUGAAGAAGGCAGUAUCUACUGUAGCACAAGCCUCCGAACCAGACGCCAUCGGUUGUUUUCUUCUCUCCCAUCGCCUGCCUCCUACACCAUCCACUAGGCUUCCCUUCAUAAGCUGUUUUAUUAGCCUUUUCUCCCCCUUAAUUAUUAUGCAUAUUUUGUUUCCUGUAUGACUUUAUUGUAUUUUUUGAAAAAACAAAAUUUGACUUGAUUUCUAGUGCUGAACCAAAAGUAUACAAAAAAAGAAGAUCAGGUGAUUGUUUGGAGUUCCUUUUUUUUUUUAAUUUAUAGUGACCGUGUCCGUGAUGUGUUCCCACAGGUUGCAUCUCGGAUACUGGCUGCUUCAUAGUAUAUGUGGCUGCAUGUGCCUUCCUGUGUUCUUUGGGAUAGUUUUAUUUUUCCUUACUAUAAAGUUAUGGUUGUUGGAAGGAUCCAGGUGAGAGUGGAACUUGGGCCAAGGAGGUGAAAUUUGCAUUGGAUGCAGUAGUCCUUUUUUAUGUUUGCAAGUUUUUUCACAGCAUUUAGAGAUUUAGCAGAGAUUAAGUGAGAGAGAGAGAGAAUCUUCUUUUGUAUGGCAGAGACAGAGGAUUUCCUUCACUUCCUGGUUCAAUGUUGCAAGCAAUAGCCUCAAGUUUUUUAUAUGUUUACUUUAAAUGGAAACCAAUCUGUUUGUAUAAAAUAGAAAAAAGAUGAAAAAAAGAGUUUUUGUUCUAGUGGAAAAGGGUCCAUGGAAGAAGGAGGAGGAGGAGGAGGAGGAGAAGAAGAAAUCUAUAUUAAUUUUACCAAGUGUUUUGUCACAGGUUAGAUUGCAGAAUAAAAACCGUUAAAAUGCAUUUUUCAGUGUAGGUGCUUCUAGAAAUUUAAACAAAAUGCAAACUGUGAAGAAAAUUUUUGUUGAUUUGUUGAUUAUAUUGUACUUCUGUUGUUGUUACUACUGGUUCCCACCCUUCUUUUCCUUAAUGGGAUAAACGAGUUGAAUACCUUUUUUUAUAUAAAGCAAAACACGUUAUUUCUG